AUGCCUACCACUACACACGUCUUUGACGCCGUCCUCUUCGAUAUGGACGGCACGCUCAUUGAUUCCACCGCGGGUGUCAUCGGUGCCUGGAAGAUUUUCGAGAAGGACUAUCCUGGCAUCGAUGUCCACGAUAUACUCAGCAGUUCGCACGGUGUCCGUACCGUGGAAAGCCUCCGCAAGUACUGCGGCCUGACUGAUCCCGACGAAAUCGAGCGCGAAGCGGAACGGUUCGAGCACUUGAUCGUCACGACGUCUUCGGAGGGCGGGCGUCAGGGCAUCGUACUUCUCCCUGGGGUCAAAGAGAUCAUCGGCAAUCUUGGGCCGCAUGUGGGCCGCCGAUGGACCGUCUGCACGUCCGCCACUCGCUCGUAUGCUACUGCGGCAUUGGAGAUUGUAGGCAUAGACAGGUCAGAGAGCUUCGUCUACGCGGAGGACGUUACGAAGGGGAAGCCUCAACCUGACCCCUACUUGCUGGGCGCGUCGAGGCUGGGAGUGGACCCUACAAAGUGUCUUGUUGUCGAAGAUGCGCCUGUAGGUGUUCGUAGCGGCCAUGCGGCUGGCUGCAAGACCCUCGGUGUUGUCACGUCCCACUCGCGGGAGGUGAUGGAAGCCGUGAAUCCCACAUUCCUGGUGGACAAACUUGACAGCGUGACUAUGACCGUUACCGACGCUGGGGUGGAGGUGACCAUCACCACUCCCUGA